AUGUCUGGACCAACCCCGAUUCCAUUAUCAUUUAUACCUAUGGAUGUUGCACUUGGAUUGCCCAUGUUUGCUCGAAUAUAUUUAUUGUGUCGUUCAAUUACCUUCCAUUCACGUUUUCUCCGAGAUUCUUCAUCGCGAUCACUCGGUUAUCUAAAUAAAGUUCCAAUCAAUUUUUUCUUUAUUAUUAAAGCUUAUCUCGAACAAUCACCCGCACUUUGUUUGGUAAUUUUUUUUAUGUUAAUGUUUUGCAUUGGAAGUUGGUCAUUACGAGCAUGUAACUAUACGACCACUAAUCAACAUUUACCUAUAGCGAAUGCAAUGUGGAUGUUUAUGACGUUAUUUACUACUGUUGGCUAUGGCGAUCUGAUACCUUCCACAUACUGUGGACGAGGUGUGGCUACUAUAACGGCUAUCAUUGGUGUCAUGAUCAGUGCUUUUUUGAUUGCCGUUCUCUCACAAAUACUGCUACUCAAUCGAUGGGAAAAAUAUAUCUACAAUUUUGGUCUUAAUAUCGAAAUGGCUAAAACACAGAAAUUUUAUGCUGCUAAUAUUAUUUUUUAUGCAUGGAAAGUUUGGCGACUGAAUCGAUCGGGCAUGCAGCGAUCCAUCGAAUAUGUGUACGCUCAACGAAAACUUUUUGGAGCAAUAUCUAAUAAUCAAACACUCAAACAAGAACAACGACAAUUAGCAGAUCAUAAUAUUGGUCUUGCUGAAUUGAUGACUGCACAUCCAUUUAGACGUUUUCUAAUCACUGUUGGUGGUAAUACAACAACUGGUAAAUGUCUCGAUGUUGCUGGUGGUAAUGCAGAACUUCACUCUCAAAUUCAAUUAUUCCGUUGCCACGGAAAACAAAGUCAACAAUUUGAAUUACAUCGAGACGGUACAAUUCGCAUCAUGGGCAAAUGUUUGGAUAUUCCCGAUUCGAAAGCAUAUGAUCAUCAAAGUGUACAACUAUUUCAUUGUCAUUCGGCCCAAGAAAAUCAACGUUUCAUAAUUGAUGCACAAAAUCGUAUCCAUGUCAUGGGCAAAUGUUUGGAUGUACCCAAUGGUCAAAUAGUCAACAAUAAUCCAUUGCAAUUAUUCCGAUGUCAUAAUGAAGCAAGUCAACGCUUUACAUUGACACCUCUUUGA